AUCGUGAACACUGGAAGCAACUCGCAGAGCUAUCUCUGUGGCUUGAGCUUUGUCAUGCUGGAAACGGGAAAGCUAUUUCCAACAACGUUGGUAUUAUGAUUAUAGUCCGCUAGACAAGUUGUGCAAGGUUACCUUAGCUAGGUUUAGGUCCUAGCCACCAUCCAUCUACACGGGCGUUUCAAAUCAUCUUUGCUGUACAUGGUGAUUUCAUCAACCGAGAAAGGACAGGUACGACUGAUCAGCUAACCAGGUCAUCGGAGGUCAUUAGAGGUCAUCAGCGAAGCAUCGUAACUCUGAAUUUGACAGCUUUGAUGCAGUACAGGAGAAAGAGACAGAAGAGGUAUCGCGGAAGGAGAUCGGGGUGCCUUGUGAGGAUCUGCCGACGAGUGGCUAAUCUGCCUUUACCAUCGGUACUAUUGGCCAACGUACAAUUGCUGGAUAAUAAAUUGGACAAACUAAAAGUCCAGAGGUCCAAGAUGACAGAAGAGGUGAUUGUCAUCGCCAAAUUUGACUACCUGGCUCAGCAAGACCAGGAGUUGGACAUUAAGAAGAACGAGCGGCUGUGGCUGCUGGACGACAGUAAGUCCUGGUGGAGGGUCCGCAACGCCACCAACAAGACCGGCUUCGUACCCUCCAACUACGUAGAGAGGAAGAACAGCGCCAGGAAGGCAUCCAUCGUCAAGAACCUCAAAGACACACUAGGCAUUGGGAAGGUGAAGCGGAAAACGGGGAUGCGUGACACUGCCUCCAACGCAGACGCUGACAUGUACUCCGACAACGGCGAGCGCCUGUACGACCUCAACCUGCCGGCGCUCGUCAAGUUCAGCUACACCGCCGAGCGGGAGGACGAGCUCUCGUUGGUCAAGGGCACCCACGUUAUCGUCAUGGAGAAGUGUAGCGACGGCUGGUGGCGUGGGGGGUACCAGGGGCGUUCCGGGUGGUUCCCCUCCAACUACGUGACAGAGGACGCAGACGGGACAGCGGGGGGAGGAGGUUUGGGAGACCCGGCAGGGUCGCUGACGGAGAAGCUAGCGGCAGUAGUUCACAGUGUGUCUAACGGGAACCGGGUACUCCACACGGUGCAGGCGCUCUACCCUUUCAGCUCGGGGAACGACGAGGAGCUCAACUUUGAGAAGGGAGAGGUGAUGGAGGUGGUAGAGAAACCAGACAACGACCCUGAGUGGUGGAAGUGCCGUAAAGCAGAUGGACAGCUGGGACUAGUGCCUAAGAACUACGUCACUGUGCUGCCUCCCCAGCAGGACUCUACUACCCAGAAUGCCUCACUGGGCCCCGCGGGGCCGCCCACGCCCGACUGUGACUACAUCUCUCCAGCCACGGUGGGGCGGUUUGCUGGGAAGCCGUGGUACUAUGGCAAGGUGACGCGUCAUCAGGCAGAGGUGGCUCUCAACCAGAGAGGAGUGGAGGGAGACUUCCUCAUCAGAGACUCUGAGUCAUCGCCCAGUGAUUUCUCCAUCUCUCUGAAGGCCCAGGGGAAGAACAAGCAUUUCAAGGUUCAGUUGAAGGAUGGUUUGUACUGCAUUGGCCAGAGGAAGUUCAGUUCUCUGGAGGACUUGGUGGAUCACUACAAGAAGGCUCCCAUCUUCACCAGCGAGCAGGGAGACAAGCUCUACCUGGUUAAGGCCCUGGCUGCCUCUUGAUCACACACUCUUAAACACACACACACACACUGACAAACUUUUACACAUCACAAGGACUUCCUAUGUGCCGGGAGCCGUGAUCAUUCCAUUAGGAAAGGGGGAGGAAGAGAGAAAGAGAGAAGUGGAGAGGGAGAAAAGGACAUUGGACUCCUUUAUGUAAAUCACCCUAUCUUACCCAGAUCAUGCGUUUACUUCUUCUAGGUCAUAAUGCCAUCUUCUAGAUAUAGGCUGUUUCUGUUUAUAAUAUAUAUAUAUAUUCUUUUAAGUUUCUUUAAAAAAAAAAAAGGUGAUGUUUUGAACUCAAACAACAAGGAGUCGUAGUGAUGAGGCGGUUUGGUCGUUGGUCGACGAUCCAGAAUGUAGCCUAGCUACACAUUUCAACGGACUUGUUGUGUCGUUGUCGGUCUUAACUCUUUCAACGUCGUACAACAACUGAUAUGUGGUGGACAAUAAUCCACACUUCUCCUAACUGCUCAACCUAAAUAAAAAUGAUUAAGUGACCAAAGUU